CAUCGGCACUGAAAUUGCACUUGGUGAUUGUCUCUCUGGAAGAUAUGGGGGUCCAUGCGCCGUAUGGGAUAACGACACCUGUCGCAGAGUCUGUCGGGAAGAGGGACGCAGAAGUGGCCACUGCAGCCCAAGUCUUAAGUGUUGGUGUGAAGGGUGUUAAGGUCUUUUAACACCGAAAAAACAUGUCUAGGUUUAAGCAGGUUGGUCAAGCUAAAUUGUGAAUUAUUCAAUGAAAUGUUUUAUGUAUCUAUCAUAUAAUAUUUACAUAGUUACCACUAAACUGUUUUGCUUUUCAUGUAGUAUUUAGAAAAAGACUAUAUAUUAAUAAACAGUUGGAAAAAGUAA